UGCCGGGACGGCGGAGGGCGGGAAGGCGCCGGCUCGGAGGCCGGAGACCGCGCGAGGCCCGGGCCUCCCCGCAGCCCCGCUCCCAGGCUUGGGCUGGCUCGCCCCGCCCGACCCGGUGUCCUCACAGUUAGAACAGCGCAGCCCCGUAUGAGCGUUUCACAGGCCAGAGCUAAGAAGCCUUCAGAAGCUGAGAGUCAUGGACCCACCUGCCCGCAAAGAAAAAUCCAAAGUUAAAGAACCCGUCAGCAGAGUGGAGAAGGCCAAGCAGAAAUCAGCCCAGCAGGAGCUGAAGCAAAGACAGAGAGCAGAGAUCUACGCCCUCAACCGAGUCAUGACGGAGCUGGAGCAGCAGCAGUUCGACGAGUUCUGUAAACAGAUGCAGCCUCCCAGAGAGUGAGCCACCCCGGCUCCACGACACGGGCCCCCGGAGGCUGUGUCUGCCCGCUUGCGACCAGUUUUAGGCUGAGCCGGUCCACUUGGAACCUUACAGAACGAGACAAGACGACAUCUGUGUUCUUCCUAAGACUGGAUAAACCGGAACUUCUGUGUGUGACUCCUGCUGCACUGGGGCCUCCCCUCUGAAUCAGCCCCCUGCUUGCUGAAGAGACUCGUUUUCUUCUCCUAAGACACUAGAUUUGUUUUGGUUUGGUUUUUUAACUUUUUCUAUUGUUUGAGAAAAAAAUCAGUGUUUUUCGUGAAACUGUAGAUCUUCUCCAAAAAACAUAAAUAAAAUACUGAUAAAAUGUU